GGUAUCUAAAGUUAGUCUCCUUGACAUUUUCCUUCACAAAAAUGUAUUCAUCAUAUACAAAAAUACUUACCAUCUUCUCCCUGGAACUUCUAAUGAAUACUUUCCUGUUUCUACGGCUGAAGUUUUCUGUAUAACAUACCAGCCUGUUGUGUUGUGCAUCAAGUUUGAAUUCAAUUCUCUCAUCAAUAUAUUGAUAUUUUAUUACUAAUUUAUUAUAUAAAUAUUGAUAAUAAAAAAAUGGUUAUGUGGUGGGACUGGAAGUCGUAUCAGAGUAGAAGGUUUUUUUUUGGUCGAAAACAGAGUAGAAGGUAGACAUCUCCUUUUAGAGCCAUCGCCGGUCAAAUUUGAGUAGAAAAACCAUUCAUGGCUGGGAACCUCGGAUGCGUGAUCGUGGCCGUUGAUGGCAGCGAGGAGAGCAUGAACGCCUUGAGCUGGGCCCUCGACAAACUCAAGCUCCGAUCCCCUGCCCCCGACUCCACCACCUCCGCAGGCUACUUCGUCAUCCUCCACGUCCAAUCUCCACCGUCCAUCGCCGCCGGCCUCAGCCCCCCCGCCAUUCCCUUCGGUGGGCCCAGCGAUGUGGAGGUGCCUGCGUUCAACGCUGCGAUCGAGGCGCACCAGAGGCGAAUCACGGAGGCCAUAAUGGAAUACGCUUUGAGGAUUUGUUCCGAGAAGAAGGUGAAUGUGAAAACCCAUGUGGUUGUUGGGGAUCCGAAGGAGAAAAUUGGUGAAGCUGCUGAGAAUUUGCAUGCUGAUUUGCUUGUCAUGGGGUCCAGAGCUUUUGGUCCUCUAAAAAGGAUGUUUCUGGGAAGUGUAAGCAAUUAUUGCGCUAACCAUGUGCAAUGUCCAAUCAUCAUCGUCAAGGGAAAGUUGGCUUCCUGAUAAGAAAAGCUUCAGUUCAUCUGUUAUCCUGUUGUGCAACUGCUGAUCAAGAUCAGCUGUUAAUAUGGAGUGUUUUUGACCAAUACUGUUCUUAUCUUGAGUGUGCUGUUGCAAUCUAAGGUUAUUUCUCGACCGUCUUUUAUUAUCUUUUCACGCUGUGUUAAUAUUUGGAGGAAAUUACAGCAAGAUAGUUUUUUUUUUUUUUUUUUUGGUUUCGUUGAAAGGAAAAAAAACUGUGAAUAUUCAAUGUUGUAUAGAGUAGCAAUAAAGUCAAAGUAACAGAACUGAUGUUUUAAGAUAUGCUGUGGAGUUGCUUUCCUCGAGAUGUUAUUUACCCUCACCAGUUAUAUGCUUUCCUUAAGAUCUCUGCAUUGAGUAUUGAUGUUGGCAAUACUAGAAUACGAUUUCUUUGAAGUGUUGCAAGCUCGUCAAGAAUCCGUGUAGUAACAAUACAUUGGAGUUUGAUGCAAGGGAAAAACAAGAAAAGGAAAAUUCUAAAUCAGACUUAUUUAGUGUUGGGAAAUUGCGAAACGGAACAGGAGAGACAUUUUGUUUGGAUGAAUCGGAAAUUGCGAAACAGGAGAGAACUGAUGUACUCUUACAACAUUCUGGCUCUUUUUGUAGAUUAGUAUGGUCGGAUCCUACAACCAAGUAAUUCUUUCCUUUAUGUACGCUACAUGUUUGUCUCUUUCAUCGUGCUAGGUUAAGUAAUGACCGAGAAAACACGUAUACAACUGGUGACUUGCAAGAAAACUCUCAACCAACCUUGCCCAUGUCGUAUGCAUGUACCCUUUGGAUCUUUGCACCACAACUAGCGUGGCUCCUUGUGGAUUAAGUUUAUUCGUAAGGGUCACGAGAGCACCUGUAAACUCAAGAUGCCCUACUCUCUCUCAAAAGGGAAAUCCAAAUCAUUGUGCAUUCAGUUGGAAAUUAUUGUAACAUCUUGGAGGCUGUGGUCCACCAAUGCCCUAAAUAAGUGGAAUGUUAGUGGUCCUGGGCCUCUUGGCAAUUUUACUCUCUUAUUUUUUGGUUUGGUCUGUAAAGCAAUCUUGUCUUGUGCUCUCUCCUUUAUUGUGGCAAUCAAUUGAACAGUAAAAUCUCGUGAGUAUGGUGGGCUCUCUCACUGAGUCAGUGUCAUUUUAGCCAGCUUCAUUUAUCCGUUGUUUUUUCUUUCUUUUUCUAUUUUAUUUUCGGAUUUGUACAGCUUUAUGCGAAGAUGAUGCA